AGGGGGCUUUUAUUCUGAAAAUCGUCUUUUGUAUUCAAUAUUUCUUGGCUUACGAUGCUUUUGGAAAAGCAGCCCUGAGCAGUUAAACAGCCCACUGUUCUUCAUAAAUAUUCUCCGGGUCCUGCAUAUUGUUUGGAUUUCCAGCAUCUUCUGCACAUUAAAGCUCUUUCCAACAGUGACCGUAUGGUUUUGACAUCCAAAGCUGCAAGCAGUCACUGCUGCUCAAGAAGGCAACACAUUACGUUAAGAGCUAAGGUGAAAACAUGGAUGUGGUGAGUUUCCGUUUGCCUGGGCAUGGAGACACGGCCCUGAGUAACAUCAACUUCCUGCGGACGCAGCAGCACUUCUGUGAUGUGACCAUCGUGGCGGGAGGCAGGCGCAUGUUCAGGGGUCACAAGGUCGUGCUGGCUGCUUGCUCUGCGUUUCUCAGGGACCAGUUCCUCCUGAACCCCUCAUCAGAGCUACAGCAGGUGUCGAUGUUGCACAGCUCAGCGGUGGUAUGUGAACUCCUCCAGUCCUGUUACACAGGGAUGCUGCAGUUCAGUGCCAAAGAGAUCGUGAACUACCUGACUGCAGCCAGCUACCUGCAGAUGGAGCAUGUGGUGGAGAAAUGCAGAGGAGCCCUGAGCCAGUACAUGCAGCCCCGGAGCUGCAGCCCAGUUGUGAAUGUCUCAACCUCAAACAAGUCUAUUCAGACUGUGAAAUCAGAAGACUAUCCAUCUAUGCCAGUGAUCGUCAGUGUCAGAGGAUCAGAUGCAUCCGGCCAAAUCGAGGGAGAGGACGGGCCUGAGAGCGACGUCUUUCAGGUGCAAAUCAAUGAUGAACAUCAAGACCCAGAGAAGACCUCUGGUGCUGAGGAGGAAGACAGAGAAGCUGUUGUUGUGUUGGAUGACCACAGGCAGCUGGACGCAGGUAUAGAGGAGCCCUAUAUGGAAGGGCGAGCCAAAGGCAACGGCAUCGGAGGGGCAGGUCACAUGUGGAGAAGACGGCACGGAGUGCACAGGGGAGGCAGAGGAAGAGGCUUCAAACACCGGAAGCAGUACACUUUCAAGGAUCGCAAGCUCUUGGGUAACUAUCAGGAUUAUCAGGAGCACCUUCCGACGCCAGAUGAGACAAUGAGUAAUUUUGGAGCAGACUUUCAGGCCAAUCAGAAUCUCACAGAUGGUUCUGUCUUUGUUGAGUACAGGCCUGGAGAGGGACAAGGAGAAGAGAUUGGCUCUGAUGGAGGUCUUGCACACUUUGGUGUGGAAACUUCCAGUGGGGAAGAAGGAAUGGGAGUUAGGACACAUACAAAUGAACACAGAGCUGCUGAUGAGUCUGUGGCAGUGGUGGGAUCCACGUCCUGCGUAGCUGGACCAGUGGUGUGUGAGCAAUGCGGAUUAGCGUUUUCCUCAACGCAGGAUUUAGCCAUGCAUUCCCUGUCAACACACCGGCUGUACGUGUGUCCGUGCUGCGGGAAACACUUCAGCCACUUUAAUAUCCUCAAUCGCCACAUGAUCGUCCACCGUGGAGUAUCCAAGCUCCACUGCUGCCCCCUGUGCCACAAGACCUUCACUCAAAAGUCAACAUUGUGCGACCACAUGAAUGUGCACAGUGGGGAACGGCCGUAUGUGUGUGCAUACUGCCACGUCAGCUUUGCCCACAAGUCUGCUCUGCGCCGUCACCUGAUGGAGCAACACGGAAAGACCAUGCCCCAAAACCACAUGGAGGUGCAGCGAAACAAUGAGGGUGGUGUUGGGCUAGGGUUUAAAUCAUAUUUGAAUAGGUAAAGUAGGUGUUAUAAUGAAAAUUAUAUUUUUUCAUUAUACACUUUUCUAUUUUUAUUUUGCACAGCCAUGAAAAUGUCUUUGAAAUCGAUAAGUGAUUACUAUGCGUUUGACCUCUAAAGCCUGGAGUGAAUGAAUGACUGAUUAUUCAGUUAAAUAGUUUGCCUAAAAAUGUUAAUUCUAUCUAGAUUUAUUCACCCUAAUGUUGUGUCAAACCUGUGACUUUCUCCUCUGACUUUCUUCUGUUGAACACAAAAUAAUUAACUGUUUUUAUCCAUACAAUAAAAAUCAAUAGGGUCCAAACAAUAGUGACUCCACUGUUACAUAUACAGGUACCUGUUGGGAAUUACUGCAUGCUGCAUCUCAGUCAGUGCCUUCGGUCCAGCUGCGGUCUUUCUUACAUAUUUUGCCCCAUUAAAGGGAUAGUU